AUGGCGCUCUCGGGCGGGCGCCUCCCUCCCCUCGGCCCGGGCUCCCACCGCGCCUGCGCCGCCGCCGCUUCCGCUUCCGUCGCGGCCGCCCGCCAACCGCCGCUCGGCGCCCCCCCCCCGCGCCGCUUCCGGCCGCGCUGCCGGAAGUCCCGCCCAGCGCUCCGAACGGAAUGGCCUCUAGGCGGCGCCCGGCCGCGGCGGCCUCGCGAUGACGUCAUUCUCCCGGCUGUGACGUCCGCGGCGUCAUUCUCCCGUCGGCGAAGCCAGGUUGCCAUAAAGAUAAUUGAUAAGACACAGCUGGAUGAAGAGAACCUGAAGAAGAUAUUUAGAGAAGUUCAGAUCAUGAAGAUGCUUUGCCACCCACAUAUCAUCAGGUUAUACCAGGUUAUGGAGACGGAGAGGAUGAUUUAUCUAGUGACAGAGUAUGCUAGCGGAGGGGAAAUAUUUGAUCACUUGGUGGCCCAUGGGCGUAUGGCAGAGAAGGAAGCCCGGAGAAAGUUCAAGCAAAUAGUGGCCGCCGUCAACUUUUGUCACUGCCGUAAUAUAGUCCACAGAGAUCUGAAGGCAGAAAAUCUACUUCUGGAUGCCAACCUUAACAUCAAAAUAGCAGAUUUUGGGUUCAGUAACAUCUUCACACCUGGUCAACUGCUGAAAACCUGGUGUGGGAGUCCUCCCUAUGCUGCUCCAGAGCUCUUUGAAGGAAAGGAAUACGAUGGGCCAAAGGUUGACAUUUGGAGUCUCGGCGUGGUGCUGUACGUGCUGGUCUGCGGCGCUCUGCCCUUCGAUGGGAGCACGCUGCAGAACCUGCGGGCGAGGGUGCUCAGCGGGAAAUUUCGCAUUCCAUUUUUCAUGUCCACAGAAUGUGAACAUCUGAUCCGCCACAUGCUGGUCUUGGACCCGAGCAAGCGGCUCUCCAUGGAGCAGAUCUGCAAACACAAGUGGAUGAAGCUUGGGGAGGCUGAUGCGGAGUUUGACAGGCUGAUAGCAGAGUGUCAGCACCUGAAGACCGAGAGGCAGAUGGAGCCGCUGAACGAGGAUGUGUUGCUGGCAAUGGCAGACAUGGGGCUUGACAAGGAGCGCACAAUUCAGUCGUUACGAGCCGAUGCCUAUGAUCACUACAGUGCAAUCUACAGCCUGCUCUGCGACCGUCUGAAGAGAAACAAGAAUCUGCGCAUCGCAGCAUCUCCAAGUAUACCACGGACCAUGACCUUCCCCACCUCCGCUAACAUCCAGCAGACAGAACAGACAGGCAAUACCUUGAGCAUCAACGUGCCACAAGUCCAGCUCAUCAACCCUGAAAACCAAAUUGUGGAGACUGACGGAACAAUGAACUUGGACAGUGAUGAAGGGGAAGAGCCAUCACCUGAAGCUCUGGUCCGUUACCUCUCCAUGAGAAGGCACACGGUUGGAGUUGCUGACCCACGGACGGAAGUCAUGGAAGAUCUGCAGAAGCUCCUGCCUGGCUUCCCCCGUGUCACUCCUCAGGCUCCGUUCCUGCAGGUGACCCCGAACGUGAACUUCAUGCACAACGUGCUGCCUAGGCAGAACCUGCAGCCCACGGGUCAGCUGGAGUACAAGGAGCAGUCCCUGCUGCAGCCCCCCACGCUGCAGCUGCUGAAUGGCAUGGGCCCUCUGGGCCGGAGGGCGUCGGACGGGGGAGCUAACAUCCAGUUACACGCACAGCAACUGCUCAAACGUCCUCGAGGUCCAUCUCCGCUCGUCACUAUGACGCCAGCUGUCCCAGCUGUCACCCCCGUGGAUGAGGAGAGCUCCGAUGGGGAGCCAGAUCAGGAAGCUGUGCAGAGAUACUUGGCAAAUAGGUCAAAAAGGCACACUCUGGCAAUGACCAACCCUACAGCUGAAAUCCCUCCAGACUUGCAGAGGCAGCUAGGACAGCAGUCCUUCCGACCCCGGGCUUGGGCUCCACACCUGGUACCCGAUCAGCACCGUUCUAUUUACAAGGACUCAAAUACUCUGCACCUCCCCACCGAACGCUUCUCCCCGGUUCGGCGCUUCUCUGAUGGUGCUGCCAGCAUCCAGGCUUUCAAAGCCCACCUGGAGAAGAUGGGCAAUAACAGUAGCAUCAAACAGCUUCAGCAGGAGUGCGAGCAGCUUCAGAAGAUGUAUGGUGGGCACAUGGAUGAGAGGACGCUGGAGAAGACCCAGCAGCAGCACAUGUUGUACCAGCAGGAGCAGCACCAUCAGAUUCUUCAUCAGCAGAUUCAGGAUUGUAUCCGGCCACCCCAGCCAUCUCCACCCUUGCAAGCUCCAUGUGAAAACCAGCCAGCUCUGCUCACUCACCAGCUUCAGAGGUUACGGAUUCAGCCAUCCAGCCCACCCCCGAACCACCCCAAUAACCAUCUCUUCAGGCAGCCAAACAGCAGCCCACCUCCCGUGAGCAGCAGUGUGCUCCAGCCCCACGGUGCCGCCUCCCAGUCCCAGUUCCAAGGGAUGCCGUCCCACAACACAAUCUUCCCGCAGUCCGGUAACUGUUCCCCACCCCCAGCCAUGGGGCUGACGUGCCUGGGCCUGCAGCAGCAGUCACAGCCCCAGCAGGUCACUAUCCAAGUGCAGGAGCCCGGCGACAUGGUCAGCAACAACCUCCUGCAAGGGGCCUCUGUGGCCGGGCAGGGCAUGCCCUCCCACGCGCGGGGCAUGCCCAUCAGCCCCGGCGCCAACCAGAUCCAGCUACAGCACCGCGCUAACCUGAUGGCCUCCCUCACCUACGGCCACAGGCAGCUGUCCAAGCAGCUCAGCGCCGACAGCGCCGAGUCGCACAGCCUGAACGUGAACAGGUAUCCCGCCACCAACUACGACCAGGUGCACUUACACCCCCACCUGUUCCCAGAGCAGCCUCGCGUUUCCCCCAGCAACUACAGCCCGUCGGGAGGAGUCGGGUUCCCUCCAGCUCAGCAAGCUCUGAAAGUCCCGCAGCUCGACCAGUACCCCACUUUCCCUCAAAACGCACAUCAGCAACAGCAGCACUACACUGCAUCGGCACUACAGCAAGCACUGUUGUCCCCGACACCUCCCGACUACAGCCGACACCAGCAGGUACCGCACAUCCUCCAGGGACUGCUUUCUCCCCGGCACUCGCUCACAGGGCACACGGACAUGCGGCUGCCCCAGGCAGAAUUUGCACAGCUCAUCAAACGGCGGCAGCAGCAGCAGCAAGAAUUUCAAGAGUUGUUCAGGCAUAUGAGUCAAGGGGAUGCUGGGAAUAUGGGCACCAGCGUGGGACAGAACCUCUCGGAGCGCCAGUCGCUGUCUUUGCCUUAUCAGAGCGCUGACACGUACCACCCACAGAACAGCCCCCAGCAUCUCUUAAAAAUCAGGGCGCAAGAAUGUAUCCAGCAGGUACCCGCGUCAGUGCCGCCGCACGGAUACGUACACCAGCCGGCCCUGUUCCAUUCGGAGAGCAUGGAGGAGGACUGCGCGUGCGAGGGGGCCAGGGACAGCUUUCCAGACAGUAAGAGUUCAAACACAUUGACCAAAGGUUGCCACGAGACCCCUCUGCUGGUAAACGCAGGAGGGCACGGGGACCCAGAAUCUUUGCUAGGAACUGCUAAUCACGCGCAGGAGUUGGGGACGCACCAAUACAGACAUCAGCCCGCUGCUGGAUUCAGUAGGAAUAAGGUGCCCAGCAGAGAGUCCGUCGUGGGGAACUGUAUGGACAGGAGUUCCCCUGGCCAAGCGAUGCAGGUGCCUGACCACAACGGACUGGGCUACCCUGUGCGACCCGCCUCCAGUGAGCACCCGCGGCCCAGGACCCUGCAGAGACAUCACACCAUUCAGAACAGUGAUGAUGCCUACGUGCAGUUAGAUAACUUGCCUGGAAUGAGUUUAAUGGCAGGAAAAGCACUAAGCUCCGCUCGGAUGUCUGAUGCUGUCCUCAGCCAGUCGUCACUGAUGGCCAGUCAGCAGCUGCGUGACAGGGAGAGCGAGGAAUGCGGGGAGAGUUUGGAAGGUCAAGAGCAUCCCAACCUAGGUGAUGGCAACCAGCAUCUAAACACCUCCUGUUACCCGUCGACAUGUAUUACAGACGUCCUGCUGAGCUACAAGCACCCGGAGGUGCCCUUUGGGAUGGAGCAGGCAGGGGUGUAGCCAGGAGGGAGUUUUCUGUACAGCUUUGAAACGAAAAGGUCCAUUUUAAACCAACAGUAUCUAGCAGCAUUGCGCCAAAUUGCCGUAGUAUUUCUGACUAACUGGAAUACCAUGGCCCCUUUCCUCAUAAUCAGUUCAUCCAGUGUGUUGUUCCUUUGGUUUCUUUCAUUUUUGCCAUAUUUGCCUGUAACUCCAGCUAUCACGGAAAUAACCAGAGAACCCGAGUCCUACACGACAUCGGCAGAGGAUUCACGGAGCCUGAGCACUGAGUCUGGUUUUGGAGGGCUUGGACUGACCGGGGCCCGGCAGCCCCUGGGGCCGCUCUGGCCCUCCGCUGCUUCGGCACUGCAGGGAUGGGACUGAGCCUCCCUGGAGCCGGCCCCGGGGGGGGACGAGCGGGGCUCCCCGAGGGGCCCCGGCAGCAGAUCCCGUGUCCCAGCCCCGGGGCUCCGGCCGAGCGAGCAGCCGGCGGGGAACACCCGCCCCUGGUGCAAUACGCUUCUUGUCUCAUCUUUGUCUGCUUCUGUUCCUUCUCUCCAUCUGUCGGUGUGCUGAGAGGAUCACCUCUUCCCCGCACCCCCAACCUUUUCUUUUCAAAUCCGCAUACGACUUGGGGUUGGUUUGGUUUUUUUUUUUCCUGGCUUAAUGUAGGGAAGACAGAUUUUUUUUUCCUUUGUUUUCGUAGCUUCUCCUCCUGAUCAUGUAGGAAUUGUUUUUUGGUAAAUGUUGUUUUAUUAUUAUUGUUAUUAAUAAAAGGCAAAAGGAAUUUCUGUUUGAGAGAAAUUUUUAACUAGAUUCUGUUCUAUAUGAAUUGUGACUUGCACCUUUUGUUCAAAGUAUUUUAUUUCUUUUAAUGACAUUGUACUUGUGACUGGUUUUCUCUCUCGUGCCAGUGGCGACAGUGGUAUUCUCCUUUAUACAGUUCAGCCGUGCGUAGAUCUCUUCUUUGUCCUUCUUUCCAUCAUCCUUUCCUUGGCGGAUAGAGCGCGAAGGCCCCCCUCCCCCCCCCGGCAGGGGCUCGGGAGCACUCGGUGUCAUCAUUGCCUUUGGGACUUCACAAGCUACAGCUCCAAUUCUUCUUAUUGACACUUUUCUGGAAUAUUUUUAAAAAAAGAAAAAAAAAAAAGAAAAAUCGACCCAGCCCUCCUGAAUUUGCACAGAAGGGAGCGUGAAACCAGCACGGCAGAGGUGACUUUGCUAUCCUUGCCCCACGCCUCCUCCCGGCCUGCCCCUUCUCCCCUGCCCCGGGACAGCGGCGCUAACCGGCUCUGCCAGCCCAAGAACCGGAGAGGAGAGAAACUCCACGGCUGCUUAGCGGCUUCGCCAGCCGGUUGCAUCCCCUCGCUCCUGCCGAGGAGCCAGGCGGGGUUUGCCGGGGCCUGAGCGGGGAAACACUGAAAGCCUUUUCGCUCUGUACCUUUGGUUUGUUUUCCUUUUGUUUACAUGACACUGUAUUUCUGGGAGAGUCGACGGCCACCCUACAGCAAGCAGCCGAAACAGCAGGGACUCGCUUAACCGUGCCAUUUUGCAGUAUCACACUUUUUUUAUCAUCGCUUUGUAUUGUAGUAAUCAAUACGCGCAGUAUAUGUUGAAUGUAUAUUAAUAUACUUUGCUAUUAUUUCUGUUUUUUGGAAAUGUCAGAAGUAUUUUUUUUCUUCCUCAGUUAUGUUGGACUAAAAAAGUUUCAGUAAAUCUUCAGUCCAUUUUUUGUGGGUCACUUGCAACUAGUCAAUUAGUUGGACAGUGGGAUCAUGACAAAAUAAAACCACGAUUAUGAUC